ACCUCCAGCGCCGGGAAAACUGACAACUAAGUUUGCCGAGGAGUCUUCCGUCGCAAUCCUGGUUUCUCUGGUCACCCUUGGGUUAGUAGCGCUGGUUGGCCCCGAGGAAGACAUGUCUUCUGUUAAAAGAAAUCACAAAAGGGAAAUGAUUUCUGAACUCCACAGUUCAGCCGCAGAAGGAAAUGUCGCAAAGGUAGCAGGAGUACUCAGUCAUUCUCCAUCUCUUCUCAAUGAGACGUCUGAAAAUGGAUGGACUGCGUUAAUGUAUGCCGCCAGGAACGGGCAUCCCGAUGUGGUCCAGUUUCUGCUUGAGAAAGGAUGUGACAGAUCACUUGUCAAUAAAUCGAGGCAAACCGCCCUGGAUAUUGCUGUAUUUUGGGGUUAUAGGCAUAUAGCUAACUUGUUAGCUAAUGCAAAAGGUGGAAAGAAGCCCUGGUUCCUAACCAAUGAAGUAGACGAGUGUGAAAAUUAUUUUAGCAGAACACUACUGGACCGGAAGAGUGACAAAAGAAAUAAUUCUGACUGGCUGCAAGCUAAAGAGAGCCACCCCACCACAGUUUACCUCCUUUUCUCGGACUUGAACCCCCUGGUUACCCUAGGUGGUAAUAAAGAAAGCUCGCAGCAGCCGGAAGUCAGGCUUUGCCAGCUCAACUACACGGAUGUAAAGGGUUACUUGGCUGAGCCUGAGAAGAUCACCUUGGUGUUCCUUGGAGUCGAGCUUGAGAUGAGGAAAGGCUCUCACGCCCAGGCGGGAGGAGUCGCAGAGGAAGAGGAGGAUGGUUUGGUUGCGUGGUUUGCCCUCGGUAUUGAACCCGGUGCUGCUGAGGAGUUUAAGCAAAGACAUGAAAAUUGCUAUUUUCUCCACCCGCCAAUGCCAGCUCUUCUGCAGUUGAAAGAAAAGGAGGCUGGGGUUGUAGCUCAAGCAAGAUCAGUGCUUGCAUGGCACAGUCGAUACAAGUUCUGUCCAACCUGUGGCAGUACGACUAAAAUUGAGGAAGGAGGCUACAAAAGAGUGUGUGUGCGAGAGAAUUGCCCUAGUCUCCAAGGCGUCCACAACACAUCUUACCCGAGAGUUGAUCCAGUCGUAAUUAUGCAGGUCAUCCAUCCAGAUGGAACCAAAUGCCUUCUAGGCAGGCAAAAACGAUUUCCCCCGGGCAUGUUCACUUGUCUUGCUGGAUUUAUCGAGCCCGGGGAGACAAUAGAAGAUGCUGUGCGGAGAGAGGUGGAAGAGGAAAGUGGAGUCAAAGUUGGCCAUGUUCAGUAUGUCUCUUGUCAGCCAUGGCCAAUGCCCUCCUCAUUAAUGAUUGGCUGUUUAGCUGUGGCAGUGUCUACAGAAAUUAAAGUUGACAAGAAUGAAAUAGAGGAUGCCCGAUGGUUCACUAGAGAACAGGUUGUGGAUGUUCUUACCAAAGGGAAGCAGCAAGCAUUCUUUGUGCCACCGAGCCGAGCUAUCGCACAUCAGUUAAUCAAACACUGGGUUGGAAUGAACCCCAAUCUCUAAAUGGAAAAAUACUAGCCUCUGUUGGAGUACUACUGAAUUUUUAACACUACUUAUUUCUCAAGAAAGAGUAGAUAUAUUUAUUGAUCUUUACAAUCUUACAACAUGAAACUUGAGAGCUUCAAAAAUAUUUUAAGUGUUCUUUCUAUUAUUAACAACAGAAUUCAUAGUUUUAUAAACUGGAAUGAUGCCUCGGGAUUUUUGUAAAUUUGGAGGCUGCCUGUGAACAUUUUUGUUGUGUUUCCCAAUUUUAUCUCAGAAAACUAACUGUAUUUCUACCAAGAAAGACCAUGUUGGGAUGAAGUGUGCUCCGUAAACGAGAUAAACCUUAAUUCAUCCCAUGGAAAGAGCAGAUUCUUUGUUGGAGAUAGGCGUCAAAAUAACUUUGAUGAAUUUUGAGCUUUUGUGUAUAUUCAGUGAUCUAAUUAUCAUUCUGCUGACUUUCUGUUCUAGUGGUCGUACUGUUGUAGUCUUACUCCUAGCAUAAUAUGACCAGUGUUGAGAAUGAUUUUUAUUUUAACACUUUACCCAUUACUGAUCUCAGAAUCCUGUACCCAUGGGUAGAGGACUAAAGAACAGGUGCACACCAUUGUAUCUGGGACUGCACAGUUAAAUCCCAAGCCGACUACUACAUCGCUCUCUUUUACUUAAAAUUGCUAUUGAGACACGUGAUGACUCUCCAGUUCUUCACCUGAUUUUUAACAUUUUAGAAAGGAAUUUCUGAAGGUCAGAAACUACGUACCAAGCCAGUAAUAAUUUACAUAUUAAAUAAAGCACUAAGGGAUGUAUUUGUUUUGGCAAAAAAAAAAAAAUAUAGUAACUGAUGUCAAUACUCAUUGUAUCAAAAUACAGUAUCUUGGCAUUGACCUUUUUUAUCAUAUCAUCAGAGCCUUAAGUAGUACAUCUUUGAAUGUGGUCACUAAGCUCUAGAGAAAGUUAUUGCAGAUUUUCAUAGUUUUCCAAUGUAGAUUAUUGUAUUACUAAAAGCGUCUGUAGAAUAAGGAGCCAGAAAAAUGGCUCUGUCAUUAAGGUGCUUGCUAUGCAAGCCUGAGUACUUGAGUUCAGAUCUUCUGCAACCAUUUCAGAAGCUGUGUUUAGUAACACCCAAAUCUAAGCCCAGCCCUAAAGGGGCAGAGAUAUGAGUGUCCUGGGGGCUUGUUGGCCAGUCAGUCUGGUGAGUCACUGAGCACAAUAACAGACCUUGUCUCAACACACAAGGCAGAAAGCUGGAGAUGGAGCAGAGGCAAAGAGCACCUUUUGUUCCUAUGGAGGACCAGAGUUUAAUUCCCAAGAAACCACCACAGCCACCUGCAACUACAAGUUCAGGGGAUCAACACCCUCUUCUGGCUUCUGCAGGCAUGUACAUGAUCAGUUACACAAGACACAGACACAUAAAUAGAAUGAUUGAGGAAUACACCUGACUUCUAUCUCUGUUCUACACACACAAACACACACACACACACACACACACACACGAUAAAAGAGAGUGAUGCUAAGAAAAAUGAACUUAGCUUGUCAAAUGUUUUUAAUUCAAAAUUUAAGUAUAAUACUUAAAAUUUAUUUAACCUAAAUAAUGUAACUUUUUUAGAGGCUUUACUAAUGAAUACUAUUGCUUAGCAUUUAACAAGGGCUUAUUAAAAUCAGAGCUUUGACCAAAAUAAAACCUACACAGGACAUUUAUAUAUAUAUAUAUGGUAAGUUGGACCUAUAUAAUUAUAUUAAAAGAAUAUAUUUUGAGUUUUAUAAAAUAUGAUUAGCUGAAGUUCAUCUUUGCUCCAAAUAUGCUUUUAAUAUUUGUCCAUUCCUGUAUUGCAUUAUAAACUUCCAUGUCGUUAAUGUUCAAUAGCAAAGUAAAAUACACAUGUUAAAAAUAUACAAAUUUAGUUUCAAAUUCCUACUGUACUUCGGUAAAUUCAUGAGUAAAUUACUGUUUUUAAUGAUCAUUCCUAAGUUUUGACAUUGGAAAGGUGAGGAUAUACUGUAAAUAUAAAUGGUUAUUACCUUAACCAGUUCUCAAGGGGCUAGUGUCACACAAGUAUUCAAUAAAAAUCAACAUAACAACU